AUGGAAGCCUCGAUAUUGCCAGAGGUGACAGCCCACUGUCGAUUGCCGAACUCUCUGAGUCAGGACGACCAAAAAUGCCAAAGCUGCCAUGAACCUGGAGCCAAAAUGGUCUGCGCAAAUUGUCAAGUGGCAGACAUCGGAUCCCUCUCCACUCGAUACUGUUCGCGAGACUGCCAAAAGGCACAUUGGCAAGAACACAAGAAGAUAUGCAACGCUCGCCGCCGUUUCACACGUGCCAUCCGCGUCCUCAAUACAAUCUGGGAAGCUUUCGUGGAAAUCACGUAUGUAAACCGGGUCAGGGUUACUGGCAAGACUGAUAGAGUUAUCCACACUACCCUCCUAAGCCAGAACGAAGCUCUUGAUCAUGGAGGAUGGACCGGGGAGUCGAUCUUUCCUGGUUUUUCCCAGGACGUGCUGGGGGGGAACCAAGAUGAGGAUGUCAAGCAAGCCAUUCUCCAUGAUAUCGGCGGCAACAACGGCAACGAUAUCGUAACCACAGGUUUGGGCUUGAUCAAAUCCCUUCUGACACCGGUUUGCUCCGAUGUGACUGAAAUCCGCUUCAAGCCCAAAGGCUGUGCCCUUGUCGUCAAAGUUGGAGGCAGUCCCAACCUGGAGCCCCACGUCGUCCUCCAUGCCCAAACCCAAGGCGGCGAAGAAUUCUGCAUCGAUUUUACUGGCGCCCGGUUUGGAUGGCAAGAAAAGAUGUAUACAUGGCGAGCCUUUGCUCAACAUCGAGCAGAAUCCCUCGACAGCCGUUUAUCCCUCGGUGGCACCAAUUUGCACAAAGCAUUGAUCAUGGAGACUCACCCUGCAGACCAGUCAUACAGAGUUGCGUACGAUCUCCGUUGGGGAAUUGCCGACGACGUGAUCAAGUCAAUCACAGCCUACUUCUCUGAAAAGAAGAUUAAUGCCUGGCUUUUCAUGUCCCAAGCCAACACCACUUUCCCAAGCCAAAGCGAUGAGCUGGUAUCCAAGGCUAUCACGGCUAUCCACGAUAGCAUUCGUCAGCUCACUGAGCGCGGUAUUGGGCGGUGGUAUGUUGAGGUCCAGCCCACGAGAUUCGCCUUGAGAGUUCUCCGUGAUGAAGAGCUCGCCCGCAAGAUGAAGAAGGUGUGGCUGAGCCAGAAGCAAGUUGACAAGGUGCGACUCAAAUUUGCGCACUUGCCGAAGCGACGUAUGGAGAAGGCUUGCUUGGACAAGUUGUCCGACAUGGUGUUGAAGCGUUGGGCAAAGUACAUGUAUUGCCAGCACGGUUGA